UGGUGGGUGGGCUCCGGCCGAGCUCGGCCUUUCUCUCCGGGGCUCCGCGCCCCGCACCCGGCCUCCUCAUCUGCCCUGUCCUGUCGUCGGAUAAUCCCCCGGGUACCUUCCUGCGUCGUUAAAGUUACAGAAAGAGAAGGGCUUUUACUCCCAGCUUCUUCCUGAACGACCUGGUCGACACAGUCGUCCCACCCGCCAGUCUUUCAGGCUUCUGUGGAAAGGAGCCGUGUCGUGGGCUUGUGCACCUAAGUCCUGCGGCCCCGACUCACAUUUAUUUUAGUCUGUAAAAUGGCUGAUAAUGGUUGUAAGUAUUUAACGAGGCAGUGGGCGAAGAAAACGCUUAGCGUGGUGCGCGCGCACGGUAAAUGUCAACUACUGUUGGAGCCAUCAUUACGAUCAAGAAAAGUGAUUUAAUUGCAGAAGGCUUCUGGUCAAAAUGGUUUCCAAGAGAAGGUUGUCAAAGUCAGAGGAUAAAGAGAGUCUGACAGAAGAUGCCUCCAAAGCCAGGAAGCAACCGCUUUCCAAGAAGACAAAGAAAUCUCAUGUUCGCGAUGAAGUUGAAGAAAACGAUAGUGUUUUUGUAAAGCUUCUUAAAACAUCAGGAGUUAUUCUUAAAACAGAGAGUCAGAAUCAACUAACUGUGGAUCAAAUUGUUUUCCAAAAGAAGCUCUUUCAGACUCUGAGGAAACAUCCUUCUUAUCCCAAAAUAAUAGAAGAAUUUGUUAGUGGCCUGGAGUCUUACAUUGAGGACCAAGACAGUUUCAGGAACUGCCUUUUGUCUUGUGAACGCCUGCAGGAUGAGGAAGCCAGCAUGGGCACAUCUUACUCUAAGAGCCUCAUUAAAUUGCUUCUGGGAAUUGACAUAUUACAGCCUGUCAUUAUCAAAACCUUAUUUGAAAAGUUGCCAGAAUUUCUUUUUGAAAAUGUGAACAGUGAUGGACUUAAUAUACCUAGACUGAUUAUCAGUCAGCUGAAAUGGCUUGACAGAAUUGUGGAUGGCAAGGAUCUCACCACCAAGAUCAUGCAGCUGAUCAGUAUUGCUCCACUGUACCUGCAGCAUGACUUUGUCACCAGCCUACCAGAGAUCCUAGGGGAUUCCCAGCAUGCUGAUGUAGGGAAGGAACUCAGUGAGCUUUUAAUGGAGAAUACUCUACUCACUGUCCCUAUCCUGGAUGUCCUUUCCAGCCUCCGACUUGACCCGAAGCUCCUAACUCAGGUCCGCCAAUUGGUGAUGAGUAAGCUGUUAUCUGUCAAAUUGGAUGAUUUACCUGUGAUAAUCAAGUUCAUUCUUCAUUCUGUAACAGCCACAGAUGCACUUGAGGUAAUUUCUGAACUUCGGGAGAAGUUGGAUCUGCAGCAUUGUAUUUUGCCAUCACGGUUGCAGGCUUCCCAAAGCAAGUUGAAAAAUAAAGGACGACAAAGUUCUUCAGGAAAUCAAGAAAACAGCGGUCGGGACUGUGUUAUUCUUUUUUUCGAUGUAAUAAAGUCAGCUGUUAGAUAUGAGAAAAUCAUUUCAGAAGCCUGGAUUAAGGCAAUUGAAAGCACUGCCUCAGUGUCUGAACACAAGACUUUUGACUUGGCAAUGCUUCUCAUCAUCUAUAGCACAAACACUCAGACAAAGAAGUACAUUGAAAGAGUGCUAAGAAAUAAGAUCCGAUCAGGCUGCUUUCAAGAAGAGCUUCUACAGAGUACAUUCUAUAUUCAUUACUUGGUCCUUAAGGAUAUUUGUCCAUCCAUUCUGUCCCUGGCUCAGAGUUUGUUGCACUCCCUAGACCAGAGUAUCAUUUUGUUUGGCAGUCUCCUAUACAAAUAUGCAUUUAAAUUUUUUGACACUUACUGUCAGCAGGAAGUGGUUGGUGCCCUGGUGACCCAUAUCUGCAGUGGGAAUGAAGCUGAAGUUGAUACUGCGUUGGAUGCCCUACUAGAGUUGGUAGUUCUAAACCCAUCUGCUAUGAGGCUGAAUGCUGUCUUUGUGAAGGGCAUUUUAGAUUAUCUGGAUAAUAUGUCCCCUCAGCAGAUACGAAAACUCUUUUAUAUUCUCAGCUCACUGGCAUUUAGCAAACAGCAUGAAGCCAGCAGUCACAUCCAGGAUGAUAUGCAUCUGGUGAUACGAAAGCAGCUCUCUAGCACCGUAUUCAAAUACAAACUCAUUGGUAUUAUUGGUGCUGUCACCAUGGCUGGCAUCAUGGCAGCAGACAGUAGAUCUUCAAAUUUGACCCAAGGGAGAACAGACCUGAGCAAUGAAGAGUACACACAGGUGACCUCCUUGCUGCAGUUGGUUCAUUCCUGCAGUGAGCAGUCUCCCCAGGCCUCUGCACUUUAUUAUGAUGAAUUUGCUAAUCUAAUCCAAGGAGGAAAGCUGGCUCCAAAAGCCCUGGAAUGGGUUGGGCAGACCAUCCUCAAUGAUUUCCAGGAUGCCUUUGUGGUGGAUUUCUGUGUUUCUCCAGAAGGCGACUAUCCAUUUCCUGUGAAAGCUCUCUAUGGACUAGAAGAAUACAGUAGUCAUGAUGGGAUCGUCAUCAACCUCCUACCACUGAUGUUCUCUCAGGACUUUGCAAAAGAUGGGGGUAGAAUGACUUCAAAGGAAUCAGAUCAAAAAGUGGUGUCUCCGUUGUGCCUGGCUCCCUAUUUCCGGUUACUGAGACUUUGUGUGGAGAGACAACAUGAUGGAAACUUGGAGGAGAUUGAUGGUUUAUUAGAUUGUCCUAUAUUCCUCACUGACCUGGAGCCAGGAGAGAGGCUGGAGUCCAUGUCUGUUAAAGAGCAUUCGUUCAUGUGUUCACUCAUAUUUCUCACUCUCAACUGGUUCCGAGAGGUUGUAAAUGCCUUUUGCCAGCAAACAUCACCUGAGAUGAAGGGGAAGGUGCUCACCCGAUUAAAGCAUAUUGUGGAGCUUCAGAGAAUCCUGGAAAAGUACUUGGCAGUCACCCCAGACUAUGUUCCUCCCCUUGCAAAUUUUGACUUGGAAACUUUAGAUGUAACACCUCCUACUACUGCUGCUAUUUCAGCAAAAAUCAGAAAACAAGGAAAGAUAGGAGGAAAGAAACGGAAAGCAGAUGGCAGCAAAACAUCCUCCCCUGAUACACUUUCAAAGGAAGAUAGUUCAGAAUGUGACCCUACACCGUCUAAUAGAAGCCAACUGGAAAAGGAGUUCAAAGGGAAAGAAGAAAGGACAUCAGUGUCACUACAGAAUUACCAUGCUUUUUUCCGAGAACUGGACAUUGAGGUCUUCUCUAUUCUGCAUUGUGGGCUUGUGACCAAGUUCAUCUUAGAUACUGAAAUGCACACUGAAGCUACAGAAGUUAUGCAACUCCAGCCCCCUGAGCUGCUUUUCUUGCUGGAAGAUCUCUCCCAGAAACUGGAGAAUAUGCUGACACCUUCUGUUGCCAAGAGAAUCCCCUUCCUCAAGAGUAAAGGAAACCGGAAUAUUGGAUUCUCACAUCUCCAUCAGAGAUCUGCCCAAGAAGUUGCUCAUAGUAUUGUUCAACUUCUGACUCCAAUGUGUAACCAUCUGGAGAACAUUCACAACUAUUUUCAGUGCUUAGCUGCUGAAAAUCAAGGUGUAGUUGAUGGCCCAAGAACAAAAGUUGAGGAGUACCACAUGAUGUCGUCAUGCUAUCAGAGGCUGCUACAGAUUUUUCAUGGGCUUUUUGCUUGGAAUGGAUUUUUUCAGCUUGAAAAUUAUAAUUUACUGUACUCAGCCCUCGAGGUCCUUACCAACCAACUGAAGCAAGGAGAGCCUGACCAGUCCUUGGACGAAUUGCUCAGCCAAAGCUUCAAUUACUUGCAGAAUUUCUCUCACAGUAUUCCCAGUUUCCAGUGUGCUCUUUAUCUCAUCAGACUUUUGAUGGUCAUUUUGGAGAAAUCUACAGCUCCUACUCAGAAAAAAGAAAAAAUUGCUUCGUUGGCCAAACAGUUCCUCUGUCGGGUGUGGCCAAGUGGGGAGAAAGAGAAGAGUAGCAUUCCUACUGAACAACUCCAUACUUUGCUCAGUGUUUACCUGGAGCAUACAGACAGUGUUCUGAAGGCCAUAGAGGAGAUUGCUGGGGUUGCUGUCCCAGAACUGAUUAAUUCUCCUAAAGAUGCAUCUUCUUCGAUGUUCCCUACCCUGACAAGGCAGUCCUUUGUCAUUUUCUUCCGUGUGAUGAUGGCUGAACUAGAGAAGACAGUAAAGGGUCUUCAGGCUGGCACAGCAGCAGACUCACAACAGAUUCAUGAAGAAAAGCUCCUCUACUGGAACAUGGCUGUUCGAGACUUCAGUAUCCUCAUCAACCUCAUAAAGGUGUUUGAUAGUCGUCCUGUUCUGCAUGUAUGUUUGAAGUACGGGCGCCUCUUUGUGGAAGCAUUCCUGAAGCAGUGUAUGCCGCUCCUAGACUUCAGUUUUAGAAAACACCGGGAAGAUGUUCUGAGCUUACUGGAAACCUUCCAAUUGAAUACAAGGCUGCUUCAUCACCUGUGUGGGCAUUCCAAGAUUCACCAGGACACGAAACUCACCAAACAUGUGCCUUUGCUCAAAAAGACCCUGGAGCUUUUAGUUUGCAGAGUGAAAGCCAUGCUUAUCUUCAAUAAUUGCAGGGAGGCUUUCUGGCUGGGCAACCUCAAAAAUCGGGACUUGCAGGGUGAAGAGAUUAUAUCGCAGAACUCCCAGGAAAGUACCGCCGAGGAGAGUGAGGAUGAUACCGCAUCUCAGGUCUCCAAGAGCAAAACAACAGAGGAUGCUGAAAAUGAUGAAGUAAGUGAUGGAGAAAAGGAGCAAGAUAGUGAUGAGAGCGAAGACUCCGAUUAGACCACAGAGAGACUGAUGUCCCCUCCCCAUCUCUGCUAGCCUCUUCCCAUUUUGUGUUCAGGAUUUGAAAUCUGCUAUCUGCCUUCCUUACUGGAAGCAUCUUGUUUUGUCAUUAGGAGGGUGGGCUUUACUGAACCAACUUAAUUGUAUAUUUCAUAGGUUAUCUAAUAUCAUCAAGACCCUAGCUCAGGGUUCCACUGUAGCAUUACCUAGCAGUCUGGGCAAACAUGGACUGUUGUGCUGUGAAGAGUCACGAUUCUGGGCUUUGGGAGCUAGUUUUGAAACUCAGAAAUUUAGGAUUGUAACAGUUUUACAAAUAAAUUGUUUUAAGUUCUGCCUUAA